AUGGCGACAUCCAUUUUCGCUGAUAUCCGCUACCAGGUCGAUUGGGUUUGUGCGACUACAGGCAUCUGUCCCAGGAACAUGAAACUAAAAACCGAUAAUUGUGAUGAGUCGAAAGGAGAGAUAUGCGGUCAUACAUACCUUGUUGUUCUGCUUAACGGCACUGCCCAAAACUAA